AUGGAGGAGGUAUUGGAAUUACAACAAAUGCUUCAUGACUCUCUUGGGAAUGUGGAUCUGCAAGGUAGACUGGCAAAGAAGAAAAGAGAGGCAAGCAGAACUAUAGAGGCAAGCAGAAUGUUCUUUGCUCAGAUAGCAAAGGCAAAAUACCUUAAAGAAUGUGACAAAGGUACAACUUUCUUUCAUGCCUUAAUGAGGAGAAAUGUGUCCAGAAACUAUAUUGUUGCAGUUAAAAAAUGUAAUGGGGCUCCAAUAGUCUCCCAACAACAAGUAGUGGAGGAAUUCUUGGGGUUCUAUAUGGAGCUUCUGGGAAAGGAGGUUCCAACUAAAUCUAUUGACCCGAGGACUAUUUCUAGAGGAAAGGUUCUUAAUGACAGUCAGGCUACUCAAAUGACUUUGCCUGUUUUAGAUGAGGAGAUCAAAUCUGCUGUGUUCAACAUUGGUGAUAUGAAGUCCCCAGGUCCUGAUGGGUACUCAGCUUGUUUCUUCAAAAAAUCUUGGAAUAUUGUUGGGAAGGAAUUCUCCCUUGCUGUUAAAGACUUUUUUGAGACAGGUAAAUUGUUGAGGCAGAUCAAUCAUACAAUCAUUGCCCUGAUUCCAAAAUCAAAGCAUGCUGAUACUGUUCAAGAGUAUUAA